CAAGAAACCAGGAUUUAGAGGAUUCAGAGAUAGCGCAGCACACGGCAUCAUCAGCUAAUUUCAACAAAGGAUGCCUAACUAAACAAACGACAACUUUGACACGGCAAGUUUCACCAAACCCAGUAUCUCUAUGAUAUUCUUUCAAAUAAGAGCCUUCCUGGUAACUUUAAGAGAUUUCUUUUAUUUUGAUAGCCAGGAUGAUUGGGGAGAAUGAUGCUGCCAUUGCUCGUGCUCUCCAAGAAGAACUUUCAAGGAUUGCUGCUGCAGAAGGAUCUGGGCAUGUUCCUAAAACUAAUGGAGAAAUACCAUCGGAGGACGAACAGACGUCAGAUCAUCAAAGACUGCUACAAAGGUUAAAGUUAUAUAAUCUUGUUGAGAAAGAAGUUCAAGGAGAUGGUAACUGUCAGUUUCGUUCUCUGUCAUAUCAAAUCUAUGAUGCUCCUGAGCACCACAAAUCCGUGAGAGAACAAGUUAUUGGACAGCUCAAGUCUCAGCCGCAAAUGUACAGCAGCUAUGUUCCUAUGGCUUAUGACGACUAUCUGGAGAAAAUGAGCAGGAGUGGUGAAUGGGGUGAUCACGUAACAUUGCAGGCCGCUGCAGAUUUGUAUGGUGUCAACAUAUUUAUGAUAACUUCAUUCAAGGAUACAUGUUGCAUCGAGAUCCUUCCACAAGUUCUAAAGUCCAACAAUGCAGUUAUUUACUUGAGCUUUUGGGCGGAGGUGCACUACAAUCCUGUUCGUCUCAUGAGGUAAACAUUUGGAUCUUGUUUGUCAAAGCAAUGAAAGUUGAUCUGUGAUACUUCUUUGUAGGGUCUUUUUCUGGCUUCCAUCUGAUGUUGUCAUGGUCUUCUAUAAAAGCAAUAUUUGAAAAACAUGAGACACCUGAUCACAAACAUAGUUCCACCUAUUGUAUAUAUGUCCAAUAUAGACUGUUACUUAUUGGCGAUGAGCUUUUCAAUUAUCGUUUGAAAUUAA